UACCGAAUGCUUAACUUUGAUUUGCUCUGAUUCUCACAACUUCCUGACUGCUUCUUCCCUCCUCAUUUUGCACUAUGAUAAUAACUGCUCCUUGCUUUGCAAGUAGCAAUCCCACUUGCAGUAUUUCUAUUUGGAUUUGGAUUUGGAUUUGUAUUUGUAUCUGUAGUUGUAUGCAUUGUUGAAAACUACUAUAGAUCAUUUGGAGAUUGUCGUCUCUGCAGGCGAGCACCACUGUUUGUGUUUGUAAUACUCUACUGCCCCAAGCCAACUACUGUCUUGUUGCAGAUCCAGAUGGCUAUUUGCCUUGUUCUUGGAGUACUUGUUGGGCACUUGUUAUGGUCUUCUGCUCCCGUUGCAUAUGCACAAGAACUACUUGUCACUCACCGCCAAGAAAAGGAAGCGUUACUUGAUGUUAGGAGGAAAUUGUCGGAUCCCUACAAGAAACUCAACUGGACCAAGAAGAGUGAUCCUUGCUCCUCCCACUGGAGUGGUGUGAUAUGUACCUUAGAUAUUACUGAUGGCUACUCUCAUGUCCUAGAACUGCGCUUGCUUCGAUUUAACCUUUCCGGGACAUUGUCUCCAAAGCUUGGCCAGCUACCUUACAUGAAAAGACUGGACUUCAUGUGGAAUGACAUAAGUGGAAGCAUACCAAAGGAGAUUGGCAAAAUUACUGCUCUUGAGCUCCUGCUUCUCAGUGGAAAUCAAUUAACAGGACCCUUGCCAGAUGAACUUGGCAACCUUCCCAAUUUAAGCAAGUUUCAGUUAGAUCUUAACAUGAUUUCGGGGCCAAUCCCCACAUCAUUUGCAAGGUUACCACGGGUAGUGCAUUUCCACAUGAACAACAACAGAUUCAGCGGCCAGCUUCCUCCAGAGCUCUCUAACCUUACUAUGCUUAAACACUUUCUUCUGGAUAAUAACAACCUCUCUGGUUAUCUUCCUCCAGAGUUUUCCCUGAUGCCAAACCUGACAAUUCUCCAACUAGAUAACAACAACUUUGCUGGGACUGUGAUUCCAGAUUCUUAUGCUCAGAUGUCCAAGCUUGUUAAGCUGAGUCUCAGGAACUGCAGCCUGCAGGGCACUGUCCCGGAUCUAAGUAAACUUCCCCGCCUUCUUUAUGUGGAUCUCAGCAUGAAUGGCCUUACAGGAGGGAUAACCUCGAAUAGACUAUCUGAAAACAUCACAACCAUUAUCCUGUCGCACAAUCAGCUCAACGGAUCCAUUCCAUCCAACUUCUCCGGCUUCUCUGGUCUCCAGACAUUGCUCCUGGACAAUAACUGGUUAAGUGGAUCUGUACCGUCUACGAUUUGGGAGAAGGUUAACUUCACUGCGGGAGACAGAAGACUUAAUAUAAGUUUGGAAGGUAAUUUUCUUUCUGACAUUUCAGGGAUCCUUGAUGUUCCUCCAAAUGUGACAUUAAGGCUACAAGGAAACCCUGUCUGCGACAAUGCGACUCAAAGAAACAUAAGCCAGUUUUGUGGAUCUGGAAAUGGAAAUGCAGAGGGAAAUGGAGAAGCCCCUCCUAACAAGACAGAGUCAAGUUGCAAGAUUCAAUCUUGCGCGCUUGAGAAUGGUUACGCAUACGUCCCAAAUCUACCCCCCGGCACAUGCUUUUGCGCAGCACCUUUCGGAGUUGAAGUGCGACUUAGAAGCCCUAGCAUCUCAGACUUCCCUCCAUACCGCCAAGAUUUUGACAAGUACGUGACAAGGAACAUACAUCCAGACUCAAAUCACCCAAAUGAUUCCUUGUCCGAAACCCAAGUUUAUGUUGAUUGGCUUCGGUGGGAAGAAGGUCCAAGACUACGGAUGUCUCUGCUCUAUUUUCCUGAGUAUUCGGGUCCCAACGCUUCCAAAACAUUUAACUCGGUCGAGGUUAAUGCACUGAGAGAGGUGUUUGCUCAAUUCAAGCUGCCCCCCAAUGACGUUUUUGGUCCUUACGAUCUCCUCAACUUCACUGCAGGAUUUUAUACAAAUGUGGUACCUCCAUUCUGGAGCAGUGGCAGAGGUCUAAACAAAGGUGCAUUGGCUGGCAUUGUACUCGGCUCUAUAUCCUGCGCAGUUGCUGUUGUUGCUCUUCUACUUCUUCUUUACAUGCGAAAACUGCAACGAAAUUCUAGAGCUGAAGCUGUUCAAAAUCAGUCACUCCCAAAAGUUGCAAUGAAAAUGGAUGGAGUGAAGGCAUUCGGUUUUGAGGAAUUAGAAAGGGCAACAAAUAGUUUCAGCGAUGGCACCCAGAUUGGUCAAGGAGGAUAUGGUAAAGUGUACAAAGGAACUUUGGGAGACGGUAUAGUCGUGGCGAUAAAGCGUGCACAACAAGGGUCGCUACAGGGAGACAAAGAGUUCUACACGGAGAUUGAAAUGCUUUCACGCCUGCAUCAUCGUAAUUUGGUUUCCCUGGUUGGGUUUUGUGAUGAGAAGGACGAACAGAUGUUAGUUUACGAGUUCAUGCCCAAUGGCUCAGUACAUGACCUCCUAUCUGCUAAAUUUAGAGCACCUGCCAACUUGGAGAAAAGAUUGCACAUUGCUUUAGGUGCUGCCAGAGGCAUUCUGUACCUGCAUACAGAAGCUGACCCGCCAAUCAUUCAUCGCGACAUCAAAGCAAAUAACAUACUUUUGGAUUCCAAAUGGACUGCCAAAGUGUCUGACUUUGGGAUCUCAAGGCUUGCGCCGAUACCAGAUGCAAAGGGAGUCAGCACAGAACAUGUAUCCACCAAUGUGAAAGGAACACCGGGCUAUGUUGAUCCGGAAUACUUCUUGACACACAAGCUGACGGAGAAAAGCGACGUGUACAGCCUUGGGAUUGUGCUUCUGGAGCUCCUGACGGGAAUGCAGCCUAUAUAUCAGGGAAGGAACAUUGUCAGAGAGGUGAACACUGCAUGUCAAUCCGGGAUGAUGCUCUCCGUCAUAGACAGGAGUAUGGGGCCCUACCCAUCUGAGUGCGUUAAGAGACUCAUGGCCUUGGCCCUCAGGUGCUCCUUGGAUGAAACCAAAAAUAGGCCCUCCAUGUUGGAGGUGGUACGGGAGCUCGAGAAUGUAUCAUCCAUGCUUCCCAACUCCAACGCUGCUCCGCCUGACAACAAUACAGGGACCUCCAUCGACUCGGUGCCAUCAUCCGCUCUGUAUGAUGGUGGCGGACGAAGCACCUAUGCCACCAUGGAUCUCCCUGGAAGCAACCUCGUUAGCGGCGUCAUUCAUACCAUCAAGCCUCGUUAGAUGGUAAAAUAAUACCAUAUCUUACCCGUGAAUGUGAAUGUGAAUGUGAAUGUGAAUGUGGAUGUGGAUGUGAAUGUGAAUAUGAGCGUAAUUGUGAUUGUGUGACAGUGACAGAUUUAUCACUGUUUGCAUAGAGCAUUUCUAAGAAUAACAACAUAUAAAAUCAACCAAUUAAGGCCUGCUGCUGUUGGCUGGUCAUCACAUCCAUCACGUGAUGAUUCGAUCCCA